AAGUUUCUUGACAUUCAAUCACAUAGCAGUAAUUUGUCUAGCUCUAGCACAGUGAUCGGCAACUGUAAUUUUAUAUUUGAGAAGGAUAGUAGCGGGAAAUAACAAUCCAUCACAAUCAUGGUAGAUGACAAAGACCAUGAAGAGCAUAUGCCAGAAUCUCCAGAAAUCCAUUUUGAACCCAUUGUCAAGUUGUCCCUUGUUGAGAUCAAGACAAUGAAAGAAGAUGAAGAAGUGUUGUUAAACUUGAGAGCAAAGCUUUUCCGCUAUGAUCAUGAGUGAAAAGAAAGAGGCUCAGGAGAAUGCAAAAUUUUGAAACAUAAAAAAAACGGCCUGAUCAGGAUUUUAAUGAGAAGAGACAAAGCACUGAAAAUCUGUGCUAAUCACUAUAUCUAUCCAUCUAUGGAACUCAAACCCAACUGUGGCAGUGAUCGGGCAUGGGUUUGGUCCACUACAGGAGAUUUUGCAGAUGAAGAAAGCAAAGAAGCGGUGUUCGCCAUCAGAUUUGCAAAUGCAGAAAAUGCCCAGAAGUUUAAAACAGUAUUUGAUGAGUCUGCAGAGCAAAUGAAGAAAGUUUUGAACACCAAGUCAGUUAUAGAAAAUGGAGAUACUAAUGCUGAAAAAAAAAGAUGAAGAGAAGGAAAAAGUGGAUCAUGGAACCACUGAGCUGGCUGGUCAGUUGAAAGACUUAAAUGUCAAUAAGCAUACAGAAGAGACCCCUGCUGAGGGUAGUACUGAGUGAUAUUUAAUUAGAUAGUGAAAAUCAUUUGACAUCUUGCCACAGUCUACAUGUUGUGUUUAACAUUGAUUCCAUUCAGCGGUCUCCUACCUUCCUCACUGGCAGAAUAAAGGGCAGUGUUGUAUUCAUAAUGACAUUGGUCAGCGGUUUACGUAACUCUAAAAUAUCCUUAUGUCUAGAAUUAAAGUGAUGUCAAUUAACAGAGGUUUGAAACAUUUUUUGGAUAAAGUAAUGAACCUCAAGUGUAUGUUUCUUGCAAUAUUCAUCACUGAAUACAUUUUUUUUAUGACAAAAGGUGCUUUACUGGCUACCAAGUAGCUAUUUUAAUUCUAUGUAAUUAAAAUAAAUUAAGGAUAAAUACAUAUUUUUUUUAAGAAAAAAA